AUGAGCGGGAGCGCGUGGACGAAAUUGGAGCAGCGGUUCUUCGCCAAGUACCACGGAGUGGAGGGAGGUGUGCUCCUCAAGGGUCCGUUCUGGCAGAAUCUCGCCCAAAAGUACCCCGUCUUCGGCAAGGUCAACAACGGGCUUGCUAUCGUGCCGCUGUACGGCAUUCUUGAGGGCAAGCCGGCCGUGAAGGACCUCGACCUCAACCAGUCGCUCGCGCUCUCCCUCACAGGUCUGGUGUGGACCUACUACGGCUUCCUCGUCGUCCCCCGAGCCGACUUGCUGAUCGCUGUCAACGUGGCCCUUCUGUCCGUCAACGGCUACAACGUCUACCGUAAGAUCAAUUACGACAAGCAGAUGCAGGCCGCCCAGGCGCACGCCUGA